GCGGAUUAGCUUCUUAUUUUCCCAGGACCUGCCACUUUUCCGAGAAAAGGAAAGGAAAGAGAAGGAAGUCGUAAUACGUGUACUUGAUUAGCUUCUCAUUGUGCCAGAGCAUUUUGAGGAGCGAAACAGGAGUGGCAACAUCAUGUGGGUAGAGAUUUUCUGUGGCCUGAUCAUUUACAGAAUGUUUAGAGGCUUCUUCAGAGAUGACGAUGUUUUGGAUGUAGAAACCUCUGAUUCUAGGGCUCUCUUCUCAGUCGCGAAUAGACUUGAAAAGCUUUAUAGGGGAAAGGUUUAUGUGGGGCUUCGAAUUCCAGACGCCGAUACCGGUUCAAGACAGAAUAUCGAUAUGGUUCUCGUUACCAAAGGGGAGGCAGUGGUGAUAUCUGUCAUGAAUUUAUCAGGAUUUGUAUCAGUGAAUGCGGAUGGCAGCUGGCUUUGUGAAGGAGGCAGUAAACACAGAGCAGAGCGUCUUAUUGAUCCCGUGGUGGAGACUAAAAGAAGAGCUUCGAUUCUUGAAUCAUAUCUUGAACAGAGAGGAGUUGCUCUACCGGAGGGAUAUUUGUCUUGCAAAGUUGUACUACCUAAUCCAAAGCUCAGUAACAUCCAUUCUAGCUAUUUUCCCUCUGAAGUCAUUACCUAUGAUCAAUGGGUACAAUUGAAACCAGAACCAAAAAGUAUGUUUUCUGGUUGGAUGAAAGGUGCUUUUCGUGGUGGAAAGAAAGAGAUGCAAGAAUCUAUACAUCAAAAGCUUAAUUUCAUCCUUGGCACAGCUCCGAUGUGGGAUAGGUUGGAGCUUAAAGGCAAUAAAUAUGCCCUAGGGGAAUUUCUGGAAUUCAAGGGGAAGCGGGAAGAUAUUCAGGCUUUGAAAACUAUCAAAAGAUCAAAAGUCAGUCGCUUGGUGAUCCAAAAGACGAGCAUGUUUGGAUUAGCCCCCUCAACGCUCCAAGUUUUGUACUCUCCUCGAGACUAUCGGAGUGAAGGGGCUUCAGCUUCUGAGUGGAAGGAAGUUACUGUAAGAUCAAGUACUGAGGUUCUCUUUCAGCCAGAGAAUUCAACCAAAGUCCGCAAAUUCAAGGUCUCUUCAGUUGUCUCUCUGUGUCUGACUGCGUAGAGAAGCCUCUGCUUAUUACUGCUGGUCGGAAAAGCUGAGUUUACUAUGUUACACUCGAUUUCCUAUCUUUUUUGUCAAUUCUUGUUUUAUGUUAUGCGGGGUAUACUGUAUAUAUAAUGUUGUGGAGAUUGUAUUACGUACACGUAACACUUCCGUCCUAUCACAUUAUGCAAUAUCAUUGAAAAUCAAUGCUUUACAUAAGCAAUUUUAAUGCCAUGACAUUUUGUAAAAGGAUGAGAGUAACACGUCAUCCAUAAUCUGA